UGAAAACAAGCGCACACUUGCACUCUGGCGACGUCAUCGACACCAUGAAGCACGUCGUGGUCUUGGGUGGCGGCAUCUCGGGGCUGUCCUUGGUACAUCGGCUGCGCAAGCACUUGCCUGCAUCUGUGCGCAUCGAGCUUAUCGAAGCCAGCAGUCGCGUUGGCGGAUGGAUCAAGACAAAGCACACUCCACCGUUUCUGUUUGAAGCUGGGCCGCGCGGAUUCCGCCCGAGCCGCAACGGCGCCGAGAUGCUGCGUUUGGUCGAAGAACUCGGAUUGCAAGAUCAAUGUAUUGCGUCGGCAGGCAGCAGUCGCUACAUCUUCACCCACGGGAAGAUUCAAAAAUCGCCAUCGUCCAUCCUCGAGUUCCUACAGUGGCCGUUGGCUUGGGAAGUUGUACAAGCGGUGUUGCGUGAGAUGGUGGUCCCCCGGACAACGGCAAUGGAUGAGUCUGUGUAUACGUUCAUUUCACGGCGCUUUUCGCCAGCCAUCGCCGAACGGCUGCUGGACCCGAUGGUGUCGGGCAUCUUUGCAGGCAACAUCCGGCACCUGUCCAUGAGGUCGUGCUUCGGCCGGUUGUGGGAUAUGGAGCAGUCGCACGGGUCGAUUGUGCGCGCCAUGCUCUUCCACGGAACCCCCAUGCCCACGACUCUUCUCGAUGGUACCAAAGUUUCCUCGUUUGUGGAGGACGGCAGCAAGGCCAUAAGCAUGAGCUUCACGCACGGCAUGCAAUCGCUCACCGAUGCUCUCGCUACUCACAUCGAAGCUUCGCCACACACAGACAUUCGAUUGAAUACGACUGUCGAAUCUCUGACUCCGUCCUCGACCACUGCCAAGGCCAGCGGCGUCGCUGUCCGCGUUCGAGAUGCUGGAGCAACUGCCGCCGAGACCGUCGUUGCCGACCAUGUAUUUUCGGCCCUUCCUGCGCAUCGAUUGGCACCCCUUGUGCACGCCGCCGCGCCAUCGGUCGCCACGGCGCUCUCCCGCCUCCCGUUCACGUCGUUGGGGGUUGUGACGCUCGGAUUUGAACGCAACAUCAUUCAACGCCCAGGCUUUGGUUACCUCGUCCCGUCGUGUGAGAAGGAGGGAAUCCUGGGUGUGAUUUACGACUCGAGCUCGUUCCCCCAGCAAAACUUUGGCAAGAACGUGUCUCGGCUCAGUGUCUUCCUUGGCGGGGAGAACCAUCCUUCCGUGGCGGCCAUGCCACGAGCGAAGCGCGAAGAGAUGGCGCUCGAGACUAUCCAGCGCCACUUGGGCGUGUCAGACACCCCCGUCCACGUCGAGAGCACUUGGUACGACCACGCGAUCCCGCAGUACCCCGUCGGGUUCCACGAAAACGUGGCCGAGCUCGAAGCCGACGUCGCCGAGACCUUCGAUUCUGCAUUGACUCUGGUCGGCAACAGCUUUUACGGCGUGGGCCUCGCGGAUUGUGUGCACCGAAGCACUGCCGCUGCACUGGCAUUCGCAGCGUCUCACCGAAGCGAAGGAUGUGUAUAACCACGAGGAGAAUUCGGCCGCGUGGGAGCGGCGCGAGGACGACUUUCAUGGCGCCGCAUCGGAUUUUCUCUUGAGUUCUAGCUGACUUGGAUAAUACAGCAUAUCAUGCAAUUGGACCUUGGAGACGUCCUUACUAUCAUGCAGGAAGCCCUGGAGAGGGAAGGCACCAUCACCGAUUCGAGGGCAGGAGGCACAGCUCGGACAUACUCCUCCAGGAGAAUAAGCAACGGUGUGCCAGCCGUCACCGCUUCGAGAGCAGGAGGCACAGCUCCCUCCAGGCGUGUCAGGUGUUCCAAUGCGC